AUGUCCGCAUUCCGCACCCUCAUCCUCGACCUCGGCGACGUCCUCUUAACCUGGUCCGCCGAGACCACGACCGCGAUCCCCCCGCGCCAGCUCAAGGCGAUGAUGAGCUCCCCCACCUGGCAAGACUACGAGCGCGGCCGCCUCACGCAGGCCGCCGCGUACGCGCGCAUCGCCGCCGAGUUCGCCGUGCCCGUCGACGCCGUCGACGAGGCGUUCCGGCAGGCGCGCAGCUCGAUCCGCGCGGACAGCGCGCUCCUCGCGCUCGUCCGCGGCCUCAAGGCGCGCUGCGCCUUGCGCGACUGGAGCGUGUUCGACUGCAUGUACGGGUCCGCGGUGAUCGGGGAGCGCAAGCCGGACCGCGCGGCGUACGACAAGGUGCUGCAGGACGCGGAUAUCGACCCGGCGACGGCGGUGUUUGUGGACGACAAGGUGGAGAACGUGGAGGCGGCUAGGGCGUUGGGGAUCCAUGGGAUUGUGUUUGACACGCAGGAAGACGCCGACAUCAUCUUCCGCUCUGGAGAUGGUGUACACUUCAACCUCUACAAGGUUAUUGUGGCCAAAGCGUCUUCGGUGAUGAAGGAUAUGUUCGCCCUCCCAGACACUUCUCUUACCCCGCAGAUCGUCGAGCUCACUGAGGACGCCGAGAGCUUGGAGCACCUCUUCCGCCUCAUAUGCCCUGUCAAGAAUCCCACCCUGACGUCCGUCGACGCUCUCAGCGCCGUCCUGAAAGCCGCACACAAGUACGACAUGCAAGCCGUCACCGAGGACCUGCUCCCAAUAGCUCGCCAGCUCAUCUCAACGGACCCUCUCCGGAUCUACGCCGUGGCCUACGUGCUCGAGUUGGAAGAGCUUGCGCGAGAGGCCGCCUGGGGGCUCCUCGACGACUAUCGAUUCAUCACCCCAGUGGACCCUCCCCCCGAGUUCAGCACUCUACCCGCGCUCGCGACGUACCUCGCAGAAAUGUACCGCAUCGACUGUGCCGGAACCGCGCUGCGCAUAGCGAACGGCCGGCAUUGGACGGUGAAUGGCCGGCACCACAAAGCAGUCGAGGCGCCUGAAGACGUCAAGAACUCGUGGGCGUGGGUCGCCUGCCCGGAGUCGCCAGAGACGUGCCCGCUUGGGGAGGAGAAGAUCGACAUCACGGCGCCGCCCCACCGUCGUUACGGACCGAAGGUGUUGGCGGUGGUGACCCCGCGCGAGUGGUGGCUGGUGUACAUGGAUGCGCUCUGCGAGGAGCUGAGGCUCCACCCCACCCCGCGGACUGUACGCCAAUUCAUCGACCACCCAGGUGCUUUGAGAGCUCUUCGAGAGGCGUCAGACUGUCCUACUUGCGUGCGGAAGGCUCGCGAUGACCUUGUCGACUUCAACCAGUUGCUGUCGCAGAAGAUCGAAGAUGCGUUACAAGGGAUCAGAAUCAAGCUGCCAUUUGCUCCAGAUCCCGCAGACAAGAAGGCAGGCGCGGCGAAGUGA